AUGAAGACCGCAGUCAUUGCCACCGCCGCUUUCUCCAGCAUCGCAGCCGCAAAAGGAAGCUGGCACUAUAGCGGCAGUAGCUAUCCACCAUACGCCUCAAAGGACUGCCCAUUCAUUCCUUCUGCCGACCAAUUCGUUCUCUUCGCCGACAACAUUCAGACAGUCUCACAAGUCAACCCAAACAAGGCCUUUCUGAGGUCGUCGGAUCUGUACGUCGAGACUGCCAACGAUCUCGCCACGGCUUCUCAAUUUACCAUCCCCGACUUCGCUGAGGGCGCCAACUGCUCCCUGAACCUCGCCGUCCCAAGCCCCGAUCAGAUCUAUGGCGAUCUCUCCCAGGCCAUCUUCAGUGGUGGUGGAAACUUGAACUUCUCUCAACUAGCGAACGACCUCCCAAGCACUGGCUUGACAUUUAAUACCCUUGGGGACCUGCAAAACGAUGGUGUCAUCAAAUUGACGCCAGGAGAGUUGCUUACCGUCGUGCCUAACUUCCCCUGCCCACCUCCUGGCACCGUUCUCCCGGGGAUCAUCCAAUCUGUUGACACCACCCUCGUUGUGCGCGACGCUGUGGGACCUGUGUGCCUCUCAGGUCUCUUCGUCGUGAUUGAGCCUGUUGGAAACCCACCCUCUAGCCCACCGCCUUCCAGCACGACCUCCUAUGGGACCACCAGUUACACCGGUAGCUACACCGGCACCUACAGCACUUACAGCGUUGCUGCCACUUACACCAGUAAAUGGUCUGCUUGA